AUUUUUUCUUGUUUUUAGACAAAUCCAGAGCGGAGCUGGAACAAGUCCCCAAGAUCUUCAUGAAGCCUGACUUUGCUCUGGAGGACCCCGCCACCUUCAACGCCGUGCUGCCGUGGUCGCACUUCAACAGCGCCGGCGGGAAGAGCAGCCGAGACGUGGCGUCCUCCAAACUGCUGCAGGAGAAGCUCAGUCACUACCUGGACGUGGUGGAGGUGAGCAUCGCCCGGCAGAUCUCGCUCCGCUCGGAGGCGUUUUUCCACGCCAUGUCCUCGCAGCACGAGCUGCAGGACCGGCUGCAGGAGACGCAGCGCGCCGUGGCCGUCCUGCGGGGCCGGACCGCCGCCAUCGACAAAGUCAUGUGCCAGGGGCCCCUGCAGGCGCUCCGCACCGCGCUGACCCGCAACAACUGCGUGAAGCUGCACAACAAACUGAAGCUGAUGGCGGCGGUGCAUCAGACGCAGCCCACCGUGCAGCUGCUGCUCUCCACCUCCGAGUUCGUCGGCGCGCUGGAGCUCAUCUCCACCACCAAGGAGGUGCUGCAGCAGGAGCUGCAGGGGGUCCACAGCUUCAGACAUCUGGGCUCCCAGCUGUGCGAGCUGGAGAAGCUGAUCGAUAAAAUGAUGGUGGAGGAUUUCAGCAUGUACGCCCGCAGCGACCUGAACCGCAGCCUGAGGGACGAGCCGCAGGUCCUCGAGAAGGUCCAAAACCAAAACGCCGCCUCGCAGAAGGAGCGUCUGGAGUCUCUGGUGUUCGGCCUGCUGCGUCAGAGGAAGCUGGACUUUCUGGAUAUUUACAGUGAUGAGACGAUCGUGGCGGCUAAAGCCAUCGUCUCUCAGUGCGUGGCAGAAAACGUUUUGCACAUAGAAGAAAUUGACACUGAAGUCGUCACUAAGCUAGCCGACCAGAUGCGUCUGAUGACGUUCCCUCAGUGGUUUGAGCUGCUGGAAACCAUCUUCGAGAGUUUCCUUCUCUUCCUGCAGAGGAUCAAGGCCACUCUGAACGUGGUUAAAAACGUGGUUCUGGAGGUUCUGGCCUCGAACCAGAAGACCCGGCUCCUGGAGGAGGCCGGAUCAGGGGCUUCAGUUGAGGAGGCUCCCGGCGGCCCGUCGCUCCUGCAGGGUGAGGCCGAGCUGGCCUACCUCACCCACGAGGGUCUGUUCAUCAGCGACGCGCUGAACGACGCCCAGCAGCAGCAGCAGCAGCAGCAGCAGGUGGCGGCGGCGGUCCAGGAU